AUGUCGCAGGCUCCAAGUGAAUCCGACCCUGCGGAGCAGGCAGAAAGCUCCGAUAUCGUGGUCAACAUGGUAGCCGUGCACAGGGAAGAUGGAGGAAUCGAAGCGUUUGUGAAAGCAGACAGCUGCAAUGGUAAACCGGAGUGCAUAAUGGAUCGCUCAUGUGAUGAGUUGGCAUCUAUUGCAUGCAAGGGAGGAAUCAACACCGGCUCAGCUGGUUGGAUUAGCCAAACAAUGGCCAGAGUAAACAGUGGCUACACAAAAGAUUGGAGCCUAGAUAGCACCCCUUCGAACAAUCUUUGGGAAAUGGGGAUCCUAUCAGAGCAAUCUGGCGCCGUUAAACAGCAAGUAAAUAAACUGGAGGAACACCUGAGGAAAGCCCAAGGUGAUAGCGCUCUGAAACCUAUUCAGCAUAACAAAGUUAAUGCGAUGGUAACUGAACGCAACGACCGGGCACCGUCGGCCGAAUCUGAUGCGAAUCUCUCUGCCUCAACUGCUGAAGGCAGUACCUACGAAUGUACAAAUGCGCAGCCAGUAACGCCUUGUAUCGAUGCUCAGAAAAUCGAAGAUAUAGUAGACAAGUUAAUCGAUGCAAAGAUGUGCCAUUUCAGGGAGACAUACGAAGAAGAAAUUAGGGCCAUGCGCGCCGAACAUGAGCAAAUGGUGCAGAAGGCUGCCAGCGAUGUUCUAGAACAAGUGUCCGUGCUCAUCAGCAACGAAUCAUCGAAAGUGGAACAAAAAAUAUCCACACUCCUUAUACAGAAGGUGAAUGAGGAUACGUUGAAUGCUCGUAUAAAGGGGGCAAUUAAAGAGGCCAGGGAAUCUAUUCAACUAUCCAUACAAGAAGGCAUCGAGGAAAAGCUAAAUGAUGCCCUCAGAGAAGCCCAAGACGCGAUGAAUUCUCAUAUGGCCAGCGUCGAGUCAAACGUCGAAAACAAAAUUAAAGAUGUUGCGUCUCGUCUUAUAUCGUAUGAUACAAAAUUGCAACAAAUGUCUAACGAUAUAUUAGGAAACGUAGAGACGCUUAUUGAGAGACAAUCCGAUGGAAAGGUUGAGGAAAUUAACGAGCAAAUUGAGACCAUGAGGACCGACAUAGGUGAAAUGAAGUCAAAAAUUGUGCAGGCAAAUCAGGAAACAAAGGAAUUUGCGCAAAGAAUGGAUACGUUGUAUUCCGAUAUCGAUUCAAUGAUACAAAAAGGAUGUCAAAAUGUCAAAGAUGAGUUGUGCGGCAACUUUGACUCCAAGUGGAACGACGUAUUGAGGAAACAUGAGCUAGAUGGUAUAAUGCAGCAAGUUAAAAGUUUCUGUGCUGAAGUCGAGACCAAAGCGGUGGAAACUGCCGCUCAGGAGUGUGACGAGAAACUCGGAGUCUUAAGCAUAAAUGUGGAAGAUAAACUCUCACAAGAUUUCUACCGGAUCAUUGAGGAUCGCGUGCAGACAUUAAACGGUGAUGUCAUAAAGCACGUCUCAAACGCAAUCGACCUUAAAUUGCGUGGGAUUAAAGAACCGCAAAAUGACGACGAUCUGGCAAUGCGGGAUGCCAUAAGUAAACCGGUAGAAACAGCCGUGAUGCAAGAUGUUGCCAAUAAGGUGGACGCCAUUGCGAAAGACAUUCAAGCGGCAAUGGAAUCAAAACUGCAAGCUGCUGUUCUAGAUGCCGCAUCCGCAUUUAAAAGUGAAAAUGCGACACCAUAUAUUGGGGGAUGCGUCAGCAACGACCCCCUACCGCAUCACGCAACUUAUAGGAUCACCACAUGUUCGGAAGCUUCAAACGAGUGUGAACGUAUUAUUGGAAAGUUUGCACAAGUUGUACAGCAAUGCGAAGCGCAGAUGAGUGCCGUUGCUAAAUCAACCAGCACGUUGCAACAUCUGAACGAAAAGGCUGCAACAAUAAUUGAACAGAUGCAGCAGUGCGUGGAUUUCCCUGUCAAACAAACUAUGGAAGGUUCAAAUAUCGGUGCCGAAAGCGUUAAAAACAGGAGGGAUAUAAAUAUUACCCCAUCCAGAGAAAUAGGUCUGGUAGGUAGUUCAAGAGAUCAUGGAAAAGAGAGUACAACUCGUGUCCCACACUCGCACCCCUUAUCAACGGGGCAUCCGGUAGGUUUGCCUGGAAGCAAAACGGUUACGUUUGACCAUUUUACAUCAAUGUCGAAUCCGAUUCAUACGUCCCAUUUAAGUGAGGAUAUACCCCCCGGAAUCUUCUCAAAGCUGUUGUGCGGAUAUUCGACAUCAGCAUCUAAUAAUGGUGCAAUAGAUAACCGUUGCUUUACGGCUCCCAUGGAAAGGUCGCACUCUUCUCAUUACAGGCUACAUGGAAACCACAAUUCCGAGCGUUCACUGACAGAUCCAUCGAACCCCGUGGAAGUUAAGUAUGUCAAUAUGAACGGUCAAGUCAUAAAGGUGACUCAAAGGCAUUUGAAACUCAACCAACUAUCAAGCGGGCAGCAGACAGCUGCUCGAGGUGCCUUUUAUUCUCCCGGAGCACUCUAA